UCAUGUUUAUAAACAACACUUGAGUUACAUUCAACACCAACAUGACAUGACUUAGAAACAUUUACACAUCGAGACUUACAUGAAAUUUCCUGUUAACAAAUAAUUCAAAAUUUGAAUUCCAAUCAUACAUCAACAUGUCUCUACCAACAUUACUCAGCUUUGCAAGGGUUGCUACCAGAGCUGCUCAUAGGUUUAUGGUUCCUGUUGUCACCGCGAGAAACAAAACUUACAAAGCGGAAGAAGUAUUGUCAAACAACGAGAUGUCUGUUUAUAAAAGACUUUUCAACAAGAUGGACUCAAAUAAAGAUGGAAACCUGACAAAAGAAGACUUGAAGCAGGGUCUGAAAGACUUUGUGAAUUAUUCAGCGUCAGAAGAAGAAUUGGAAGAAACUAUGAAGACAUUAGAUAGCGACAAGAAUGGGACGAUAGAUUUUGAAGAAUUCAUCGGUUACAUCGCUUGGUCCAGACAGAUGCGAGUGGAAGAGUCUAUCAAAUACGCGUUUGGAACUUUUGACAGGAAUAAAGAUGGUCUGAUCAACAAAGAUGAACUACGAGAAGCUCUUGUAAGCCUGGGUGUCAUGCCUAAUGAGGUUUUGCUGAACAACAUAAUGUUGGUGUCAGAUGUUGACAGUGACGGUAACAUCACUAUGAGCCAGUUCAAGGAUAUAUUUUACUACAAAAACCCUCUGCAAUGAUUAGAGUAAAAACAGUUGUAAUAAAAAAAUACACUGAUUUUACACAUU